AUGGACACAUUCGAGGACGAGAAUCCCUUCGAGACGGAGGAAACGAACACUUCGGAGGCUUCUUCCACGUCCAAAGUUGACCUCUCGGAACCACCGUCGCCUGCGCAUCGGCCUGCUCGACUGGCGUCGCCGCCCACUUCGCCUCAGCUUUCUCGUCCGUUUCCGUCUCCUGGGACCCGUCGACAGCCAGCUACGAACUACAAGACGGACUUCUGCUGUGCUCGCGACAGGUUCUUGCACUCUGGGGAAGAAGUGGAGAUAUUGAUCACGGAUGCACUGAAGACGACCAUUAAUUCAUCUUCCCCGUACAUUGUCUAUGUGAUUCGAACAGGGAAUACAGAAGCGCACCAUCGGUACUCCGAAUUCGAGUCUUUGAGGCUGAAUCUAUCCAAGCUGUACCCUACUUUGAUAAUUCCACCGAUUCCGUCGAAGCAAACCAUUGGCGACUAUGCGAUAAAGCAAGGUAAGGCUAAAGAAGACGCAGCAAUGAUUGCGCGGCGGAAGCGCAUGCUGCAGACGUUCUUGAACAGGAUAGCAAGGCAUCCUAUCGUCUCAAAUGAGCACGUAUUCCACCGUUUUCUGGAUGGCGAGGUAUCAUGGACCGAAGUCCUGAAUUCUCCCCCACUCUCCCUUCUGCCUAAGAACAUCCUGCGCGCUCCUUCUCACAACCCCACCGAUCAGAAUGCGUCUCCGGCUUAUGCUGCGCUACCAAAUCCAUCUGCUGCCCAUCCCCUACGGAAGCCUGAUCAACGAUUCUUGGAUUCCGAAGCCUUCACAUCCAAGUUCGCAAAUCACGUAAGUGGUCCCAUGGAAAAGGUUACUCGCCGGACGAUCAAGCGGUGGUCAGAUUAUGCACAAGACCACGCAGAUCUCGGCGCCGCAUUGAACGGAGCUAGUCUGAAUGAAAGCGGCCCUCUUGCUGCUGCUGUUGAGAAGACUGGUCAGGCGGUCGACGCAACCUACAUGUCGACGACGAAAUUGCUACAAGAGUUGGAGAUGAAUUGGGCGGAGCCAAUGCAUGAGUACUCGCAAUUUGCUUCCAUUAUAAAGAAGCUGCUUGCCUAUCGACACCAAAAACACGUUCAAUAUGAAAUGACGCAGGAUGCUCUCGAGGCAAAACGCGAGCAUCUAGAGGAGUUGGACAAAAGUGAAAGAGAAGCCCAGCGCCUUGCGGAAGCCUUGGGUCGAGGCAGAGCCAACGGCUAUGGUUCGCCGACCGUACCCCAUUCUGAGACACAAGCGACAGAGGGUGAAACUAUUCGAGAUGAAGUCGAAGGACCAAACGCCGACGCACAUGACGGAGAAGUUCAUGUCGGGAGUCCCGGCGAAACCACUUCUCCCUCGUCGUCAUAUUUACCACCUCAUCCUGGCCCUAACCCUGCGCGAAGGAAGACACGCGCGCCUGGGAUGGGAUUGCUUAACGCCUUGAACUACACCCUGCACGGUAUGAUGGACGUUGACCCAGAGACCGCCCGAAGAAAUUCAAUAACCAAGACGCGGGAGACGAUAUCGCAACUCGAAGAUGCGUUGCAUCUCUCGGCGCAGGACCUGAAAUACUCAAGCUCCACGAUUCAGGCUGAUCUUGACCGUUUCCAACGCCAGAAAGUCGCAGACUUACGAGAGAUGGCGAUUAGUAUGGCGCGAAGCCAUAGGGAUUGGUGCAGGAAGAACUUGGAAGCUUGGGAAGAGGCAAAGAAAGAAAUUGAAGCUAUCCCUGACCACCCCAACAAGUUGCCGCAGCAAGAACCAGCCCAUGGAGCUCCAACUCUUCCUUCAAACGGGGUUAGGAGAGAUUCCACUGCCACGGUCAACGGCCGAUGA